UAUUUGUGUUCUGUGAUUUUUAUUGUGUUAGUUAACAAGGUUUAUUACGAUGUUUAGGAACUGAUUCCAUCAAUAAGAUUUGAGUAUCGUGCAGAAAUUAUGGACCGUGACAUUGAACAGCUAAAUGUAGCAUUAAAUAAUGUCAAGGUAUUACGUUCAAACGUACGCAGCGUUUUUGAGUCGUUAAGUAGUGGCUUACGAGCUGAUCAUGGAGAUGAAGGCAAGGAAAACAAAUUUAUAUUGGAAUUACAAGACCUCCUCACUCUCGUCAACAAUAAUCUUAGAGAUGUUGAGAACGCAGUUUCCACGUUAACUACCCCACCAGGGCCUUUUACUUUGGGCAACAGUACCCAUUUAUCGCAGGAAACCACUUUAGAAAGACAACAGUUAUAUGGGCAACUGGUUAAUAGUUACAAAUGGACUGAUAAAAUAAGAGAGUACAGUGCAAUAGCCGCAACUAUACUUGCAUCAAACUCUUUCAAUAAAACCUACAAGACAUUUGGAACUAAAAGAAGGAAAACCCAGACGAGUAAUCACAAUGUUCCUCCAGAAGUAAUUGAGAAUCUUAUAACUGGUAUUGACAGGCUCUUACCAGAUGUGACAAUCAUUUGUAAUAGACCGUUUGUACCAAAUCCAGUUAUUCAAGCAUCCCUCGGGAGGGUGUUCAAAGCGAUGAUAGCUUUCAAAGGUCUCAUAAUAGAAUGGGUUGUUGUCAAAGCUCAUAGUGAAUCUACUGAUUUAUGGACUGAAUCUAGAUAUAGGGUAUUUAGGAAAGUGACUGAAAAUUGUCACGCAGCCAUGUUGCAUUUCCAUUCACCUCAAAUGCCGGAAUUGGCUGUGAGAUCCUUUAUGCAUUGGCUUCACAGUUACGUCACCUUAUUUAAUGCACCUUGUAAGAGGUGUGGAAAUCACCUGAGGGGUAAUCUUCCACCUACAUGGAGAGAUUUACGCAUGCUGGAACCAUACCAUGAGGAAUGCAAGUAGAUGAAAUGUGAAAUUUGAGUAAUACAUCUUCCAUUCAAUUAUGUUCUUUCUUAUCGUUAAUGUAUAUUCAAAUAAAAAGAUUGUUUUGUGCAUUAAUCAAA